UUCUCCAAUAUACAUUAUUAAUAUUAUAAUGUAUAUAAGACGGGUAUGAGUAUCGAGAUCUCGCUCCAACGUUGUUGUAUUGUCAUUCCUAUAUUGAAGUCGAAGUCACCGUCUGUGGGCCCACUAAUGUAUAAGAAUCCAAAAGCCCACUUGAGAAGAAUUGUUAACCAAACCCAAUCCACUCAAUUAUCAAAGAUGCCCAUGGCCCACUCACAAACGAAAAGGAAAACUAGUUUUUUUUUUUAAUGGCUAAAAGGAAGUUAAAUUCUAUUAAAUUAAAGGGUAACAGCAAUAAUUUCGAGCGUUCACCAUCCGUCACUCCGUCAGUCGCUAUCGCGUUCUUGACUCCGUCUAUUAACGGAUUCUCCUCUCGAGCGGUCGAGGGCAAACCGCCAACUAACACCGUCAAUGCCAGCGAGAACCAUUUAAUUUUCCCGGAAAAGAAAAACAAACGCCAUAAUAAUAGUUAUCAACGACUUUGGUUUGGGUCCUCGAAAUCGUCGGGAGAGGAUACAAAUUCGACACGGGAACGGAGAACAAACGUGGCACGUUCCUAUUGGUUGGAGUUUACCAAGUAGGCCAAUUCUCCUGCUAUAAAUAGAACCUCUAAUUCUCCUCUCUUCUCCGCAGUUCCAUUCGACCAAUUUCCUCCCUAAUCAAAUCUCCGAUUCACGCAGCUUUCUUCUCAAUCUCUGAAGGUAAAAACAUCUUGAACUCGAUCCCCCUCUCUCUCUCGUUCGGUUCUUUCUUGUCUUGGUUUCUCGUUUAUUUUGAUUGUUGAAUGAAUCGUUCGAUCUAGGACUUUGGGGAUUAUCGUUCUUCAAUUCAGUUAGAUAAGUCUGGUAGAAUUUUGAAUUUCCGAAGUAGGGUUUGUUUGUUCUGUUUAUGUGAUCGUGGGUUGAAUGAAUUUUGCUCGAGCUGUGAAUUUUGCUUUUGUUUUAUCUUUCAUCGGUGGUAGUUCGUCGAUUCUGGUAAUUUCAAUCGCAUAUUGCUGAAUCAGGGUUCUCCAAUUUUUGUUGGGUUACAGAUGCAGAUCUUUGUCAAGACUCUCACUGGGAAAACUAUUACUCUCGAGGUCGAGAGCAGCGACACCAUCGACAACGUUAAGGCAAAGAUCCAGGACAAGGAGGGGAUUCCACCGGAUCAGCAGAGGCUGAUCUUCGCCGGAAAGCAGCUGGAGGACGGGAGGACCUUGGCGGAUUACAACAUCCAGAAGGAGUCCACACUGCACCUGGUUCUCCGUCUGCGUGGUGGCAUGCAGAUCUUCGUCAAGACCUUGACCGGAAAGACGAUUACUUUGGAGGUCGAGAGCUCAGACACCAUUGACAAUGUCAAGGCGAAGAUCCAGGACAAGGAGGGCAUCCCGCCGGAUCAGCAGAGGCUGAUCUUCGCUGGCAAGCAGCUUGAGGAUGGCAGGACUCUCGCUGAUUACAACAUCCAGAAGGAGUCCACUCUCCAUCUUGUCCUGCGUCUCAGGGGUGGUAUGCAGAUUUUUGUGAAGACCCUGACUGGAAAGACGAUCACUUUGGAGGUUGAGAGCUCCGACACCAUCGACAAUGUCAAGGCGAAGAUCCAGGAUAAGGAGGGCAUUCCCCCAGACCAGCAGAGGCUUAUCUUUGCUGGCAAGCAGCUCGAGGAUGGAAGGACCCUCGCUGACUACAACAUCCAGAAGGAGUCUACCCUUCACCUUGUCUUGAGGCUGAGAGGAGGUAUGCAAAUCUUUGUGAAGACUCUGACCGGAAAGACCAUCACUCUGGAGGUGGAGAGCAGUGAUACCAUUGACAAUGUCAAGGCUAAGAUUCAGGACAAGGAGGGCAUCCCACCAGACCAGCAGAGGCUCAUCUUUGCAGGGAAGCAGCUCGAGGACGGCCGAACCCUCGCCGAUUAUAACAUCCAGAAGGAGUCAACUCUCCAUCUUGUCCUCAGGCUCAGGGGUGGAAUGCAGAUCUUCGUUAAGACCCUUACUGGAAAGACCAUCACAUUGGAGGUGGAGAGCAGUGACACAAUCGAUAAUGUGAAGGCAAAGAUCCAGGAUAAGGAGGGAAUCCCACCAGACCAGCAGAGGCUGAUCUUCGCUGGCAAGCAGCUUGAAGAUGGAAGGACUUUGGCCGACUAUAACAUCCAGAAGGAGUCUACCCUCCACCUUGUCCUGCGUCUCCGUGGUGGCUUCUAAAUGAGUGUUCCGGCUCUGGUGUUGCUAUUGUCUGUUUGGUGUUGUGAUGGCUUUUGAAGGGUGUUGGUUUUAUGAUAUGGAUGUUUUGAAGAAUGUUUUCUUUAAGUUUCGGGUUUUCAUGGGAUAGCCUAAUGGCUUCUCAAGUUUCAAGCUUUGUUUCUUUCAGUACUACUAUGUUGGCCCUGGUGGCAUUGUGAUCUCUCUUUUGUUAUCUUUUGAAUAAUAAUGUCGGAAGUAUUUCGUAUCUAUGGCCAAUUUCUCUUCAUUUUGUUCCCCUUGUUCCAUUUUUUCACCAACUUACCUUACUACUCUCCUUACUCUUUUGCUGUAUUCUUAGUUUUGCUAAGUGCUUACCACUCCAUUGCCACGCAACUAGAGCUUGAAUAAUGACUGGUAGAUAGA